GCCGUGAAGCCUGAGGCACCCCUGUUUAUUUUCCAAGGUAGCUGCCUAACGUGUCGUGUACGGAGGCAGUAAUUGUUAAGGUAGUCCAGGUUGACUGUGCCUUUUUCUUACCCAAGCAUGACAACUCCUUUGUAUAGGUUGAUGCCUCUGAGCCCUCGUGUGCAGGCUCUGCAACAAGAUGCAACGACAGAAGUUUUGACUCUGUUUCCCGUUGAGAAGAAAGAAGGUUUAUUGACUUAUGGUUUACCAAAGUCAUGUGGACUACUGUGUGAGACUUUGUUACAAGAUCUGGAAGAGGACCUCAAGUCGUGGGCUAGAGGUUUUGGAAUGGUCAUUAAAGAUCUCAAAAUGCCUGAAAUUAGCCCCCAGGCUUUUCGUCUCGAAAAAGGCAACACUUCGGCAUUGCUAAAAGGGUAUACUGCAAUUGUCGUGGCCCUCGGAAACACCAAAUACGACGUUGAGCUCGUUUCCAGAGACAAACGGUCUUCGCAGAAGGAGACAUGGGAACCAACAUCUGCCCUUCAUCUCCGGGAAACAGGGCUGAAAGCUCAAGGAGGACACAUAAGGUUCCUCUACAUCCCUCUCCACCUGGAACCCAUAUAGAGUUUCCCAUAAACGACAAGUUCUAUUUCAUGAUGUGUAUCAUAUCAUGUUCCGUAUCCGUGCUCGAAACGAUACUCCAGGUGCUGUCUGGGCUGCCCGUCGACCUUGCCUUCGACUUCGUCUGUGACUUCGAUCUCGCCUUCGCCUUCGCACCGCCUGGCUCUAGAGCCUUUUCGAUUUGUUGCAGACUGUUGAUUGUGAGUCCAAAAUUCGACACA